AAAUUUGCGCCAUUUUACUUAAUAGAUCGUAGAUACCGCAGCAUCGAUGUCUCGUUUGAGCUAUCGAUUAUUUAAAUUGAAUCAAAUACUAGUUACGUCAUAGAAAAUAUAACGGUUUCAGUUACCUGUUUAAUAAUCUUUUAUUUGUUUAUCGUUACUACACCCCAACUUUUUUUAUCUAUUACGUCUUUACGCACGAAAUAUGCCACCCGACGUACACGUGUUUCGAUGGGUAGUAUCGUGCAAUAAAUAUUUCUAUCGAGUAAAUGUUUCAUAAAUUAUUCAACAGAUAAUAAGUUUUAUCCCGACAUCGACGAAGAAUCAUUUACGCGUGAGAAUGACUUCAAAAACGAAAGACAGCGGAAGAAAGAGUCUUUUUUCUCUUUGGGUCACAUGUGAAAAGUGUGAAAGCACGUUAACGUCGAAAAACGUAGCUGACCAUGAAGCUAAUUGUCCACCGAAUUUGGAGAAAUGGAGUCACGAUUUUAUUUAUUGUGGUACCUUAUACAGUACCAUAGAAAUGUAUAAAUCACAAGAACAGCCAAAAAAUAUAUCACCAAGAGCAUUAGAUGACAUGGUCUUUAUGUCCCAAUCCGCAUUACAAUUGUGCGAUAUCGCAAUAGGAGAUCCUGUUUUGGUUAGCGCAGAAGGUGGCACAGUGGUUAAAACUGCAUGGCCUACUAAAGAAAAAACACUCACGAGUGUCUCAUUGACAAAGCAUGCAAUGGAAUUGAAUAAUCUGCAGGGCCUUGUUAAAAUACAAAAAUUGAAUUGUCCGGUUACUAUUGCUAAAGAAUUUAUAAUUUCUAAUACGGGAAAGCAUUCGGUACCGGAAACAAACACAGAACUUAACAUAAUACUGAAGAAUCAUAAUGAACAGAAAAUAUUUUUCGUUGGAAAUAAAUUCAGCAUACCAUUUUAUGGGAAGCGAUUAACUUAUCAGAUUAUACAAGUUACAUCAGAUGAAAGUACAGACAGUAUAUCGGAACAGUUUAAACAGCUGAAUUUAACCACAGAUCAUACGUAUAGUGUUAAACUUUACAAGGCACUUUACAAUACAAAGUGGACCAUUUUAAGCGAGAAAGAAGAGAAAAAAGAUGAACCUCAGAAACAUAAAUACAGAAUGGAAGAUAUUGGAGGAUAUAAUAAUCUGAUAGAAGACAUUAAAGAUGUUCUUAAUAUUGGUCUUGGUAAAUGUAAAAGUAUUGGAGAUUUUUAUAUUAGUAAAGGAAUAUUAUUAUAUGGUGCUUGUGGUGUUGGUAAAUCUCUCAUUGCGAAUGCUUUAAUAUCUGAAUAUGAUCUCAACAGUUCUAUUAUUUACAGUUCAGAUAUUUAUAGCAAAUCCCUCGGCGAAACAGAGCAGAAAUUAAAAGACAUUUUCAUGGGAGCCAAAGCUAAAACCCCCAGUAUAAUUCUAAUAGAAGAAAUCGAUAACUUAUGCCCUAAAAGAACCACCUCCAGUACUGACCACGAAAGAAGAGUUCUCUCCCAAUUAAUAGCACUGUUUGACGAGAUACAGAAUACAAACGAUAAUAUUGUAAUUUUGGCCACGACUUCCAAACUCGAUCAGGUGGACAGUUCUCUUAGGAGACCUGGUAGAAUAGACAAAGAAUUCGAAAUCUACGUGCCAACUCCAACUAUGCGAAUCGAAAUACUACAAAAGUUGUUACUAAAAAUACCAAACACUUUAACCGUGCAGGACGUAAAAGAUAUCGCGUUCGUUACUCACGGGUUUGUUGGAGCAGACUUGUACGGUCUAUGUUCCCAGGCAGUCUUAAAUGCUGUAAAGCGCCAACAAAAAACAAACGUAGCCUUUGAAUCCUUUUCAAAAGUAACGUUACCUGAUUUCAAUCUCGCUUUAGCUGUAGCAAAACCGUCAGCCAUGAAAGAGGUUCUGAUAGAAGUACCUAACGUCAGGUGGUCUGACAUAGGAGGGCAGAAGGAUUUGAAAUUAAAAUUAAAGCAAGCGGUUGAGUGGCCGUUGCGUCAUCCUGAGGCAUUUGAGAGAAUGGGCAUCACUCCGCCUAGGGGAGUUCUAAUGUUUGGACCACCAGGUUGUUCUAAAACAAUGAUCGCGAAAGCUCUGGCAACAGAAAGUAAAGUCAAUUUCCUAAACAUAAAGGGUCCGGAGUUAUUUUCAAAAUGGGUCGGCGAGUCUGAGAAAGCUGUAAGAGAAGUAUUUAGAAAAGCCAGGCAAGUGUCGCCUUCGAUAGUAUUUAUUGAUGAAAUUGAUGCGUUAGGGGGUGAAAGAAGUUCGUCCUCUAAUGGUGGGAGCAACGUGCAAGAACGGGUUUUAGCGCAAUUACUAACGGAACUCGAUGGGGUUACUGCAUUGGGAAGCGUUACACUAGUUGCUGCCACUAAUCGACCCGAUAAAAUCGACAAGGCACUCCUUCGACCGGGUCGGUUGGACCGUAUAAUAUAUGUACCAUUGCCCGAUGACGAAACUAGGCAAGAGAUUUUCGACAUAAAGCUGAGGAACAUGCCGGUCGACGGUGAUGUAAAUAUUCAAGAUCUAGUCGUAAUCACAGAAGGAUAUUCUGGGGCAGAAAUCCAGGCUAUAUGCCACGAGGCAGCGAUGAAAGCACUGGAAGAGGAUCUAAACGCCGCUGUAAUCACCAAAGAACAUUUCAAAGCGGCGCUGGCUAUCGUUACACCUCGAACUCCACCGUCCUUGAUCAAUUUAUACAACAGCUAUUUACAUAAAAAUUAUUAACUGCGAACUUGUCUCGU